GUUAAGGCUUUCUUUCUGUAAUCCAGAGGAAAAUGACUUAUUUUAAAAUGCAGUAAAAACACCGCAUUCCUUUGGCACAGGAUGAAGACCAGCUCCGCUCUUCAGUCCUGGAUCAUUGUCUAUUGUUCUCCAAACAGUAAACCACUAUUUCUCACCAGAGAUUGCGGGCUGCAGUUCUGUCCGAGCCCUGGGCUUCUCAUGAAUAUGAAGUGAAGGGCUCUGACCCAGAAAGUGGUUCUGAGCAGGGUAAAAUGGGGUCUCGGAAAUGUGGAGGCUGCUUAAGUGGUCUGCUGAUUCUGCUUGCACUUUGGAGCAUAAUUGUGAAUAUAUUAUUGUAUUUCCCAAAUGGGCAAACUUCCUAUGCAUCCAGCAAUAAACUCACCAACUACGUGUGGUAUUUUGAAGGAAUCUGUUUCUCAGGUAUCAUGAUGCUUAUAGUAGCAGCAGUUCUUCUUGUAUUGGAGAAUGAUAGCAACUAUAAAUGUUGCCAGAGUGAAAACUGCAGCAAAAAAUACAGGACACUGCUGUCGAUGAUCUUUUCUGCCCUUGGAAUUGCUUUCUCUGGAUACUGCCUGGUCAUAUCUGCUCUGGGCCUCGUUCAGGGUCCCUACUGCCGCACUCUGGAUGGCUGGGAGUACGCCUUUGAAGGCACGGCAGGACGCCUGGAAUCAUUUGAAUGACAACAAAAAUAUUUUCCACUAUCAAGAUGCCAUCCAUCUGUCUCAUAUCUAUUAUAGACCUUAAGGCAAUAUUUAAAUGAUGGUGAUUUCUCCGUUUGGUGUUUUUUGAGCCUGCUUAUAAAAUUGAUAGUCCUCACUGAAAGUGCCAACUAUGUCACUCUUCAAUUUGGAAUUUUUUUCUAAGCAAUAUGUGCCAGGAUCUUCAGGAAUAUCCAUAUUCUUUGGUCAAACAAAUCCAUUUCCAAUAAUCUAUUCUAUGGAAAUAAAUAAGAAUAGAAGAUAAAACUUUAUGCAAAUACAAAUAAUGCAAUAUUAUUUAAUAUUCUAGAAAAUUAGAAAUACCCCAAAGUUUAACUUUAGGGGAAGGAUUAAAUCAAGAGUAGUACAUUAGUUGUAAUAUUAUAUAGUCAUUACAAAUUAUGAUACACAGUCAUUACAAAUUAUAUUUUAAGAUUAUGAAUACUGUUAAUUAAAAAAGCAGAUUACAAAUUUAUGUUUACAAUAUAAACAUAACCAUCUAAGAUAAACACCAAAUAAUCAAAAUUUAGGAGAAAAACUCAAUCUAGAAGGAUUUACAGAAAAAUGUCAACUGUCAUUUGUCUGGAUGAUAGGUGACCCUUCCUACUUUUCUCUAUUUCCCAAGUUUUCUUUAUCAUGUUUUAUAAUUAACACAUAUUUUAAAACUCAUAUUUUUACUAUUAAAAAUGUUUGCUUUUAGCCAACCUUUAAAGAUAUAUACUUUUUCCACAUGUUUUCCCACUUUGAGUAUCUGUAAACAUCAUAAAAUAAUGCUUCAACCCUUCAAUAAAGAAAGUAUUGAGAUAGAAAAGACAAAAAAAAGGGGGCACCUGGGUGGCUCAGUUGUUAAGCGUCUGCCUUUGGCUC